AUGUCUAGAACAACUGAGACAAAGCCUCGACUCUCUAAAGAGGAAGUCGAGAUCCUCGAGGCCGAGUUUCAGAAGAAUCACAAGCCCAACAGCACUACCAAGAAGGCACUGGCUGAGUCUAUGAGAGUAGACAAUGCCCGUAUAAAUAACUGGUUCCAAAACCGACGAGCACGGGAGAAGAAGGAGAAGAACAUCCGCGAAUACGCGGCGAAACAGCGAAUAGACAGAGAUACAACUUCUAAUGACUCCGGUGUUCGUUCAGACGACGACCAUCUCUCUGAUCGGGUUGUUUCCAGCGCUCCAUUCCCAGCCCCUCGCCCUCUCGAAACCCGGUCGACAGACGUAUCAAGUCCUGAGCAUGAAAGCGAGAAUGAUGCUAGCCACUCCGAUUUUGGUGUAGGCUCAUCCCCAGAUCUAUCUUCUCAACCUACACCAGAGCCUGCAUCCGUAUCUUUCAACACAUCCCUGCCCUCUUACAGUCAGUAUCCUCAGCUGAUUGUGCCCAACGAGGAUAAUGAACCUACUCCUUCAUUACCCCAGCAGUGCUUCCCUCGCCUGUCCACAUCCUCUAUUCAGGAGCAAUAUGUUUACUCCGGCAACAACCUUGCUGUGGACCAGCCCUCUAUGGGUCUGAAGCCCUCCCCUUCAAUGGAUAUUGCAUCUCGUCGAAACAGGCGCCCACCUCAACUUGCCAUCAACGCCUCCCGCAGUUACUCAGCAAGCGGUCCUAGGACCGGAUUCGACAUGGGAAGGAGGGCAGAUGUUGGCCACUCAAUGCGUCGUGUCGCUUCCGCGACUGGCGUCGGCCGUAUCAGCAAACCCUGUGGUGGCCCGCGAAGCCCCUAUUUUGAGAGAAACCCCGAGGCUCUCAUGCAGCUUAACCGCUCCCCUAACUUCCAGACUGCUGCAACAAUCGCACCGCCCACUCCCAAUACACCGGUCGUAGCAAACCCGCAGGGCUUAUGCGAGGCCACUCCGGCUAGCUCAGUAGCAUACGAAGAGAAGUACCCAAUGGAUCUUGCCAUUCACGACCCAACUCUGCGUACCCCACCGACUACACCAGGUGUCAUGGAUCAACUUUACAGCAACGAAUCUGUAUAUCAGGUCGCCGUGGCGGAUGAACCUCUGGUGACACCAGGGCUGGCGCCAUACCCCAAUGACUUCGAGGUUCCAGGUACCUCAAGCCAAGUACCCAACUAUGUUUCCCAGGGGUGCUCUAGCCAGCCCCAGACCCCUUCUUACGGUGCCACAAUGGGGCCUUCCUACUUUGGCUUCGCUGGUGGCAAUGCUGAGUACAACUGGUCCGACGACGCCUCAUUAUCAGCACAUUCCUCGCCUGGACAGAGCCAGCAGAGCGUCAAUUUUAUGAACAUGACGCCCUCCAGCUUCACAUACUCGGACAAGUAA